AUGGGGAAGGCAGAGAAUUACGAGCUAUAUUCAGUGGAGCUGGGCCCUGGCCCUGGUGGGGACAUGGCCGCCAAGAUGAGCAAGAAGAAGGCGGGUGGUGGGGGAGGCAAGAAGAAGGAGAAGCUGGAGAACAUGAAGAAGGAGAUGGAGAUUAAUGACCACCAGCUGUCAGUGGCUGAGCUGGAACAGAAAUACAGGACCAGCGCCACCAAGGGCCUGACUGCCAGCCUGGCAGCUGAGAUACUGCUGCGGGAUGGGCCCAACGCACUGAGGCCGCCGCGGGGCACCCCGGAGUACGUCAAGUUCGCCCGGCAGCUGGCAGGAGGCCUGCAGUGCCUCAUGUGGGUGGCUGCUGCCAUCUGCCUCAUUGCCUUUGCCAUCCAGGCCAGCGAGGGUGACCUCACCACUGAUGACAAUCUGUACCUGGCCAUAGCACUCAUCGCGGUGGUUGUGGUCACUGGCUGCUUCGGCUACUAUCAGGAGUUCAAGAGCACCAACAUCAUUGCCAGCUUCAAGAACCUUGUGCCCCAGCAAGCCACUGUGAUCCGAGAUGGGGACAAGUUCCAGAUCAACGCGGACCAGCUGGUGGUGGGUGACCUGGUGGAGAUGAAAGGCGGGGACCGUGUGCCAGCGGAUAUCCGUAUCCUGUCAGCCCAGGGCUGCAAGGUGGACAACUCCUCGCUCACUGGAGAGUCCGAGCCCCAGACGCGCUCGCCUGAGUGUACACACGAGAGCCCCCUGGAGACCCGCAACAUUGCCUUCUUCUCCACCAUGUGCCUUGAGGGCACAGCGCAGGGCCUGGUAGUGAGCACAGGUGACCGCACCAUCAUUGGGCGCAUUGCGUCACUGGCCUCGGGGGUGGAGAAUGAGAAGACACCCAUCGCCAUUGAGAUCGAGCACUUCGUGGAUAUCAUCGCGGGCCUGGCUAUCCUCUUCGGUGCCACAUUCUUUGUGGUGGCCAUGUGCAUUGGCUAUACCUUCCUGAGGGCUAUGGUCUUCUUCAUGGCCAUUGUGGUCGCCUACGUGCCAGAGGGGCUGCUGGCCACUGUCACAGUCUGCCUGUCCCUGACAGCCAAGCGGCUGGCCAGUAAGAACUGCGUAGUCAAAAACCUGGAAGCGGUGGAGACCCUGGGGUCCACAUCAGUGAUCUGCUCUGACAAGACGGGGACCCUCACUCAGAACCGCAUGACUGUGUCCCACCUGUGGUUUGACAAUCACAUCCACACAGCUGACACUACGGAAGACCAGUCAGGGCAGACUUUUGACCAGUCCUCGGAGACGUGGCGGGCGCUGUGCCGGGUGCUCACCCUAUGCAACCGCGCCGCCUUCAAGUCGGGCCAGGACGCGGUGCCCGUGCCCAAGCGCAUCGUGAUCGGAGACGCGUCCGAGACUGCGCUGCUCAAGUUCUCGGAGCUGACGCUGGGGAACGCCAUGGGCUACCGCGACCGCUUCCCCAAAGUCUGCGAGAUCCCCUUCAACUCCACCAACAAGUUCCAGCUGUCCAUCCACACACUGGAGGACCCGCGCGACCAGCGGCACGUGCUGGUGAUGAAGGGCGCCCCCGAGCGCGUGCUGGAGCGCUGCAGCUCCAUCCUCAUCAAGGGCCAGGAGCUGCCACUGGACGAGCAAUGGCGUGAGGCCUUCCAGACCGCGUACCUCAGCCUGGGAGGCCUGGGUGAACGCGUGCUUGGCUUCUGCCAGCUGUACUUGAAUGAGAAGGACUACCCGCCUGGCUAUGCCUUCGAUGCGGAGGACAUGAACUUUCCAAGUAGUGGUCUCUGCUUUGCGGGACUCGUAUCCAUGAUUGACCCUCCCCGGGCUACCGUCCCUGAUGCUGUGCUUAAAUGCCGCACAGCAGGCAUCCGGGUGAUCAUGGUGACGGGUGACCAUCCCAUCACAGCCAAGGCCAUCGCAGCCAGCGUGGGCAUUAUCUCAGAAGGCAGCGAGACAGUGGAGGACAUUGCUGCCCGCCUCCGUGUCCCCGUGGACCAGGUCAACAGGAAGGACGCGCGUGCCUGUGUGAUCAAUGGCAUGCAGCUGAAGGACAUGGACCCCUCUGAGCUAGUGGAGGUGCUGCGCACGCACCCCGAGAUGGUGUUUGCCCGCACCAGCCCCCAGCAGAAGCUGGUGAUUGUGGAGAGCUGCCAGCGACUGGGUGCAAUCGUGGCUGUGACAGGGGAUGGUGUGAACGACUCCCCCGCCCUGAAGAAGGCCGACAUUGGUGUAGCCAUGGGCAUUGCUGGCUCGGAUGCUGCUAAAAAUGCGGCCGACAUGAUUCUGCUGGAUGACAAUUUUGCCUCCAUUGUGACGGGCGUGGAGCAGGGUCGGCUGAUCUUUGACAACCUGAAGAAGUCCAUUGCCUACACAUUAACCAAGAACAUCCCAGAACUGACGCCUUACCUCAUUUACAUUACCGUCAGCGUGCCCCUGCCCCUCGGGUGCAUCACCAUUCUCUUCAUAGAACUCUGCACUGACAUUUUCCCUUCCGUGUCCCUCGCAUAUGAGAAGGCUGAGAGCGACAUCAUGCACCUGCGUCCAAGGAACCCCAAGCGUGACCGGCUGGUCAAUGAGCCCCUGGCUGCCUACUCCUACUUCCAGAUUGGUGCCAUCCAGUCAUUUGCUGGCUUCGCCGACUACUUCACAGCCAUGGCCCAGGAGGGCUGGUUCCCUCUGCUGUGUGUGGGGCUUCGGCCACAGUGGGAGGAUCACCACCUACAAGAUCUGCAGGACAGCUAUGGCCAGGAAUGGACAUUCGGGCAGCGUCUGUACCAGCAGUACACUUGCUACACUGUGUUCUUCAUCAGCAUCGAGAUGUGCCAGAUCGCUGACGUCCAUCGCAAGACACGCCGCCUCUCUGCUUUCCAGCAGGGCUUCUUCAGGAACCGGAUCCUGGUGAUCGCCAUUGUGUUCCAGGUCUGCAUUGGCUGCUUCCUGUGUUACUGUCCUGGAAUGCCUAACAUCUUCAAUUUCAUGCCCAUCCGGUUCCAGUGGUGGCUGGUCCCUAUGCCCUUUGGCCUGCUCAUCUUUGUCUAUGAUGAGAUCCGAAAACUUGGAGUUCGCUGUUGCCCAGGGAGUUGGUGGGACCAGGAACUCUACUAUUAG